AAUUAAUAUAAGACCAGCUAUGUGAUUACAAACAAAUUGGUGAAAAACAGUAGAAAUGUUGAAGGUUUGCACACAGCAUCAACUUUGGGACUCUUCGUUAGCCUGGUCAAACAACACAUGGCCCGAGCUCUCAGAAUGUUUCCAGAACACAGUUCUAGAGCUGGCGCCGGCCUUCUGGUUUUUACUUACGACCCCGUGCUACUGGUAUCACAUGCUGACCUCGUCACGUGACAAACAUCCGGUCUGCUGGAUUUUUAUUGCUAAACUCAUCUUAUCUUCGUGUCUUGGGGCAGCUGAUAUCACGUGGGCUGUUGCUCUAGUGACGGAGGAAACAGUGUCUGAACAACUUCUUGUGAUACUGGUUCACAUGUUCAUGUUGAUGUUCUACAUAGGCACCAUUGUGCUAGAGAAAUCACGUAACGUUGUCAGAUCUUUCCCUAUGUUUGUCUACUGGUCCCUGGCAUCGUUCUGUUUGCUUGUGAAAAUCUUUGAAAAGGGAAUGAGCGGAGACCAUGCAAGAGACACGUUCAACUUUAGCCUGGUGGUAGUGCGGUAUGUGGCGACUACAGGGAUUCUGGUGGUCACGUGUUUUGCUGAGUACCAUGGGGCUAAAGGCAUGAUAAAGGUAAAAACUAAAAGUACAGUUAAUUCAUCCCCUAGUGCAGUGGAAGAGGUCGAAGACUUCAAAUACAUUGGAAGCUACAUUUAUCUAAGUUCAUCACCAAAAAAGAAAGAGCAAAAUGAAUAG